AUGGAGAGGUUGCGACUGAUCCUCAUCCGCAAUAUCCACUUGAUAUAUGUCACGAGACCUGGUCUUUCGUACGACAUCAAGCUUGGGAUCUCACAUAUCAAACCAAGCUUGAUUCAUUACUACAAAGGGCCGCCGAAUGCGGGCUUCCAAUUGCGCAAGGGCGGACAUUAUCUCACUGCCGCAGUGCUCCUUGACCACGGAGCUUCCCCGGAACAGCAGGACCAGUAUGGUAACAAAGCUCUGCACUUGGCUGUUCAAGGAUCACAUCUAGCUGUUGCGCAAUUGUUACUCCAGCGGGGGGCCAGUAUCCAAGCCUUCAAUAACGAGCGACAAAACGCAUUGCAUUUCGCAUCCCAAACAGGGAAUAGACGCAUUGUUCAACUUUUGUUAGACAGCGGCAUAGAUAACAGCGCGAGGGAUCGGUUAGGAAGAAGUCCGCUCUACAUUGCGGCGUCGCACGGGAAUAGUAGAUGGUCCUACGCCUCUCCAUUUCAUCUCUUUGCAACAAGGGUCCGAGGCUAUGCUCUUGUACCACAAUUCAACGCCUGCCCAUGA